AGAUGCAGUUAGGCAUUGUGUCAAUUAUUAUUGGGUUCGCUGUAUCAGUAUGUGACGGACAGUUAGAUCCUUCAGAUAGCAGCGUGGAAUUGCCAAGUGGAUUUUCCUUUAUUGGAGGGACAGAAAAAAGACGAUUUCGAGAGGACCUUUCGAAAACGAGUUAUUCAAGAACAUUUAGAAUUGUUGAUCCGAGACAAAGACGCGUUGACGCAAAUUCCACUUCGUUAAGAAACGAUGAUAAUGACAGUGAUAAUGACAAUGGCGAUAACAAAUGGACGAACAGACGAACAUUCGUUCACACGAGAAAAAGACCAAAUAGAUAUGUAUCAGCUAUCGGUAGUAUCUCAAGAUAUCAACAAAGACCGAUAUCAAGUAUUUCGAGAUAUCCACAACAAAGACCGACAGCAAGUAUUCCAAGAUAUAGACAAAGACCAUUAUCAAUUAUUCCAAGAUAUCAACAAAGACCGAUUUCCGGUAUUUCAAGAUAUCAUCAAAGACCGAUUUCAACGUUUAGAACUUUCAGACCGAGUUUUAUUACCAGAAGGCGUUAUAUUGUACCGGUACAAUAAAUGACAAUUCAUUUGAUUUUUUUAAAUCUUAGAUCUUUAAAUCCGACUAUCAUAAAUUAGAUCGACACUGUGACAUUGAGAAAGCAAUUCCUUAACUAAGCGUUAAAAGACGACAAAGUGUCUGUACAUUAUACAUUUGUAUCAGGUCUUACUCGCCUAUGGCCUGAAUACAAUUGUUCCUAAUUCAACAGAGACUAUCUCAGCUCUGCUUUAUUUGGCUUUCUAUUUUUCUGUAAAACUACCAAUCUGAUUAAA